UUGUCGGGUCACGCCGUGCUUGCAGGCAUAACCGCUCGCAACGUGCUUUCAGGCGCCUCGUCAGCUCCCACUGCGCCUUUCAUGUGCUCUAUGGGCUUCUCAUGUGCUCUCGACGAAGAGCUUUUUGACGAGGGCUUCGCUGUGAAAGAAAAAUGGUUGAAAGCCGAGCUCCAUGCCCGAGAGCAGGUCUUUCACCGCGAACGGGCCAUAUUAAACGUCGUCGUCUCCAAAGUGAAUAAGGAGGCCAAAAUUUUGAGGGCCAAGCUGACUGCCCUCCAGACCAAGUUUGUCAGGCUCCAAGUUGAAGUGGAGAAUGCUUUCCAGCUGUGGGCUCAACUAAGCCAACUGAUUUCGUCGAUGACCGAGUGCGAGGCCAAAUCGCGCGAAGACGUCUUGGUUUCUUUACCCGAAUCUGGCUUGAGGAUGAGCUUUCUAGAGCUACCACCAAGAGAUUCUGGCCUGCUUUAA